AAUUCUUCUCCUCAUUCAACCCAAGUAAACAACACGAAAGCUUCCACAACCACAUCACAGCCACAGCGAGAUUAAGAGUAGUCUAGAGAGACAGAGAGAUUGGGUUCUCCACCUACCGGUGCUGCUAACGAACGGGAAGAUAAGAGAGCGAGAUGGGUGAAGAGAGAGAAGAUCCACAGAAGAUAAAGAGGUUGGCGGCGGCGGCUUAUGAUUACGAGAACGAUCCCCGAUGGGCCGACUACUGGUCCAACAUCCUCAUCCCUCCUCACUUAGCCUCUCGCUCCGAUGUUGUGGACCACUUCAAGCGCAAGUUCUAUCAGCGUUACAUCGAUCCUGAUCUUGUUGUGGAGGCAAUGACUUCAACGGGUUCAUCUCAAUCAACGAAACCAUCUUCAUCCUCUUCCACAUCAUCAGCAACUUCAAAUGACCAAACUCGACCACGUAACACAGGGUCAACUACUAGAACCUCUGGGACAUCAGCAACUGCAGGUCCAAAUACUAAUCCACCUUCUGUCCGUUGGGAUCGGCAAACUAUACAAUUUUCUGUCAAUGCUUGGGUUUUUGUUGUAGCUGUGCUUGCUAUCAUUCCUCUCGUACCGAAAAAUCUCUCAAAUAGGGCAUAUCGGUUGUCAUUUAUGGGCACUGCUUGUUCAUCACUCUAUUCCUUGUACACACUUUAUGGGAGACCAAGGGCAUGGAAUUUACAGGCUGUGCAAGCUUACUUCCAGUCAAUAAUUGCAACCAAAGAUUUUAUUUACUUCAUCUACUGUCUUACGUUUGUCACUUCACAUCUUUGCCUCAAGUUUGCUUUAAUUCCCAUUUUAUGCCGAGCGCUGGAGCUGGUUGCAAAGUUCUUAAGGCGCAACUUCACUCGUUCCUCUUUAUACAGGAAGUACCUUGAAGACCCGUGUGUGUGGGUGGAAUCAAACACAACUACCCUGAGCAUUCUUUCCUCCAAUGCUGAAAUUGGACUUGGCUUCCUUUUAAUUAUCUCUUUGUUCUCGUGGCAACGCAACAUAAUACAAGCAUUCAUGUACUGGCAGCUUCUGAAGCUGAUGUAUCAUGCACCUGUAACGGCUGGUUACCAUCAGAGUGUGUGGGCCGCGAUUGGCAGGACUGUGAAUCCACUUGUGCACCAAUAUUGCCCAUUCUUGAAGACUCCAAUAUCUGCAGCUCAAAGGUGGUGGUUGAGAUAGAUAGCAAAAGUUGAGAAUAGGAACCGAAAAAAGAAUUAUUCAGCUUGGUAUUUACUCUAUCGUUGGCAUUAAAUUUGGUAGGGCACUAACUUCAGAUGUAUGGCCAAGCAGCUGCCAUUAUUAUGUGGAAUGAAUAAACCUCAGGACUACUAGAUCUAAAGUUUCUGUUUCAUUACUGCUGAUUGUGCCGGGUUUCACUUGUUUACUGUAAGCUUCUUCCCUAAAACAGAGAGUAAUCAAAUGAUUCAUUGCAAAUGAUUUAAGAAAUUGAAACCUUGUAUUCUGGUUUAUGCAAUUGUUAAGAGAAUCAAUUAUAUGGAAACGUGGUUUUAGUUAAA